CCCGCCUCCCCCUGCUUCCGCGCGCCACCGCCUGCCGGUCCUCCGCCCGGCGGUCCUCCUCCCGGCGCUUUCCGCCCUCCCCCGCCCGGCGGUCCUCCUCCGCGCGCCGCCCUGGCCUCCUCGCCCUCUGCCAUUGGUCGGUGUAAGGCCAAGUACCCCUUUAAUGGGCAGCGCUCCGGCGAUCUUUUGCUGGCGGUGGGAGACGUGGUCAACGUGAUCAGCAAGAACGAAAACGGCUGGUGGAUGGGCGAGCUCAACGGCCAGCAGGGCCUCUUCCCUUCCAACUACGUCGAGGAGCUGCCCGGCGGUGAAGGAUCUGGGCUCGGCACGUGCACGACGUUGUAUCCCUACCAGGCCACCCGCCCCGACGAGCUGUCCUUCCCCAAGGGCGUCACCCUCAACAUCGUCGAGAAGAAGUCGCAGUGGUGGCGAGGCGAGCUCAACGGGCAGGUGGGCCUGUUCCCCUCCAACUACGUCAAGGAGAACCCCGCUGCGCCCGCCCCCGCGGCGCCCGCCCCAUUCAGCGGAGGCUUCUCGCCCGCCGUCGGCAUGGCCCCCUCGGCGCCGCCUCCCGUCCGCAUCCCGCCCCCCUCUCGCUCUCCCGCUCCCCCCUCGUCUCCGUCACCCCGUGGUCCGCCCCCGCCCCCCGCCCCCGCGGCCAAGGUGGGCGGCGCCGCGCCGGCUGCCGGCCGUGGCGCGCUGCUGUCAUCGAUCGAGGGCUUCAGCAAGGGCGGCCUCAAGAAGGCCAAGACCGUCGACAAGUCCGCCCCCAUCCUCAAGACGGAGAAGACGCCUCCUGGCGGAGGCGGAGGACCCAUGGGCGGUCUCUUUGCUGGCGGCAUCCCCAAGCUCGGCGGCCGCGGAUCCCGCGCUGACCCGCCCAGCGCCGCGCCGCCCCGCGGCCCUCCCAUGGGCGUCCCUCCUCCGCGCGGCCCGCCUCCCGCCGGACCCCCUUCGUUCGGUGGGCCUUCUCCGCGCGGCCCGCCGCCCGGUGGUCCGCCGCCCGGAGGCAUGGGCAUGGCUCGCCCCCCGCCCGGUGGUCCGCCCCCGCCCCCGGCACCCACCGUCAAGCUGGGCGGCGCCGCGCCAGCGGCCGGCCGCGGCGCGCUGCUGUCGUCGAUCGAGGGCUUCCGCAAGGGCGGCCUCAAGAAGGCCAACACUGUCGACAAGUCUGCCCCCAUCCUCAACAGCCAGCCAGCCAACCAACCGCAAUCGACCACCGCAGAGACGGAGAAGACGCCUCCUGGCGGAGGCGGAGGACCCAUGGGCGGUCUCUUCGCCGGCGGCAUCCCCAAGCUCGGCGGCCGAGGCACCCGGCCCACCGCUUCGCCGCCAGUCGGCGGACCCCCCCCUGGUGGCCCUCCCAUGGGAGGCAUGCCAAUGGGCGGACCGCGACCACCGAUGGGAAUGCCGCCUGGCGGUCCCCCGCGAGGCCCGCCCCCUGGCGGCCCCCCUCGCCCGCCGAUGGGCAUGCCGCCGCCGGCCGCCGCCGGUCCCACCGCGACCGCCCUGUAUGACUACAACGCGCAGCAGGCGGGCGAUCUGUCAUUCAGGAAGGGCGAGGUCAUCGCCAUCAGCACCCAGGCGGGCAACUGGUGGAGCGGCCAGAUCGGAUCGCGGUCGGGCAAGUUCCCCAAGAACUACGUCGCCCUCAACUAG